AUCGACGGGGGACAGUCGCGUCCUUUUCCUCUCCGUUGAUUUUUUUUUUUUUUUUUCCAACGUCCAAAUAAAUUCAAUCUUCUGUCUCUUUCUGGUCUUGAUUCUGGUACGAGGAAGAGUCGAGGAGGGCUGGGAACGUGGACUGUAGAACCUUCUAGUCGAGUUUGAUCUGAGUUUUUGACGAGUUGAGCCAGUGAGUUUAGCUGAGGUUGCUGUGAAGUGAAUCUCGAGGGUUCAGAGAUGGGUUUCUUCAGCACCAUCAUGGGUUUUUGUGGAUUUGGAGUUGGGGUCACGACUGGGCUUGUGAUUGGGUACUUUUCCUUCAUCUAUUUCCAGCCCAGCGAUGUUAAGGAUCCUGUUAUUCGCCCGCUGGUUGAGCAAGACACUAAAGCUUUGCAAAAGUUGCUUCCAGAAAUCCCCCUUUGGGUUAAAAAUCCAGACUAUGAUCGAGUUGACUGGAUCAACAAGUUCCUUGAGUACAUGUGGCCUUAUUUGGACAAGGCCAUUUGCAGGAUGGUAAAGACCAUUGCUACACCAAUAAUUGCAGAGCAAAUUCCAAAGUAUAAGAUUGACUCUGUCGAAUUUGAAACACUGACUCUGGGGUCAUUGCCUCCAACUCUGCAAGGUAUGAAGGUCUAUGUUACUGAUGAGAAAGAGUUAAUCAUGGAGCCAUCAUUCAAAUGGGCAGGGAAUCCUAAUGUUACUGUUGCUGUUAAAGCAUUUGGGUUGAAAGCAACUACUCAGGUUGUAGAUCUACAGGUCUUUGCAGCACCACGCAUCACCCUGAAACCUUUGGUCCCUAGCUUUCCAUGUUUUGCCACCAUAUACGUGUCACUUAUGGAUAAGCCACAUGUUGACUUUGGAUUGAAGAUUCUAGGUGCUGAUCUCAUGUCAAUUCCUGGGCUGUACAGGUUUGUCCAGGAGAUUAUUAAAGAUCAGGUUGCUAACAUGUAUCUGUGGCCUAAAACUCUGGAAGUGCAAAUUUUGGACCCAUCAAAAGCCAUGAAGAGACCUGUUGGAAUUCUUCACGUGAAGAUUCUUAGAGCAACACAACUGAGAAAGAAAGAUCUACUUGGGGCUUCUGAUCCCUAUGUGAAACUUAAACUCACAGAGUCUAAGCUCCCAUCAAAAAAGACUUCAGUGAAACAUAAGAAUUUAAACCCAGAAUGGAAUGAGGAAUUUAGCAUGGUUGUUAAAGACCCAGAAUCUCAAGUACUGGAGAUCUAUGUUUAUGAUUGGGAGCAGGUUGGGAAACAUGAAAAGAUGGGCAUGAAUGUUAUCCCACUCAAGGAUCUAACCCCUGAUGAUCCAAAAACUAUGACCCUUGAUCUCCUAAAGAAUAUGGAUCCAAAUGAUAUUCAGAACAAUAAAUCACGUGGGCAGAUCAUGAUGGAACUAACUUACAAGCCAUUCAAGGAGGAGGACAAGCCAAACAAUGUUGAGUCUGGUACAAUUGAAAAAGCUCCAGAAGGGACACCGCCAGGAGGAGGUGUACUUGCAGUAUUAAUCCAUGAAGCUGAAGAUGUUGAAGGAAAGCACCAUACUAACCCAUAUGUCCGUAUCAUUUUUAAAGGGGAGGAGAAAAAAACUAAGCAACUGAAGAAAAGUAGGGAUCCAAGAUGGGAUGAGGAGUUCACUUUCAUGUUGGAGAAGCCUCCUGUGGAUGAUAAGCUGCACAUAGAAGUUGUCAGCACCUCAAUGAGGAUCGGUUUACUGCAUCCUAAGGAAAUACUGGGGUAUGUUGAUAUCAACCUUUCAGAUGUUGUUAGCAACAAAAGGAUCAACGAGAAGUACCAUCUCAUUGAUUCAAAGAAUGGGAAGAUUCAAAUUGAGCUGACAUGGAAUUCGGCUUCUUAAUCUUGGUUGGUGUUAUUGAGACAAGAAUUGUACUGUAUAUGUACUUGAUGUACAUUAUUACCAUUUACUUUUACAAAUUCUCGUUGAUAUGUUCUGCUCUUCUGCUUCGGCUUUAUCAUAUUUUACUCAUGGCAGAGAAUUUUUACAUGAAAAAGAUGUGACGACCGAUGAUUGUUA